GCACUGGUGUCACUACACAGUUACGCGGACAGUUUCCUGCCAAGUGCAGAAUGGCUCGGAGACCGUGAUCCGAGGUUAUCAGAGCUGCCGGUGGCCAGGACCUUGUGCCAGCUUAGUGAGGACUCUUAUCAGGCCCACAUACAAAAUGUCUUACCGAACGGUGACCACCCUGGAGUGGAGGUGCUGUCCUGGGUUCACAGGGAGUAACUGCGAAGAGGAAUGCAUGAACUGCACAAGACUAACUGAUAUGACUGAGAGGCUAAACACUCUGGAAGCCAAGAUUCUUCUGCUCGAGUCUGCAGAGCGUGCCCCCAGUUCAGAGAAUGACCUGCCAAUCGCCAGGACGACAGCCACGUGGUAUGAUGACUUGCUCCCAGAUGCUAUUCCUCUGGUAAAUCCUGGGACUGUGUUGAGGAAGCCGGUGGGACCAGCUGGGCUACCAGGGCAGAUUGGGCCCCCAGGCCCAAUUGGACCAGUUGGACUUCCAGGACCACCGGGACCAAAAGGAGACAGGGGACAAACUGGCGAGAAAGGGCCAGCAGGGCCACCAGGGCUUCUGGGACCUCCAGGACCAAGAGGACUUCCAGGAGAAACUGGGAUCCCAGGACCUCCAGGACCUCCGGGGCCACCUGCCAACCCAGGCCUUCCGCUCACUGUCCAACAAGGGGUUCUCUACUCACUGCAGCCCACAGCUGAAAAAGAAAAUGGAGAAUCCCAGCUGGCUUCUACCAUCAUCGACACGAUCCUAGCUGGCUUGCCAGGCCCACGUGGCGCACCAGGGCCGGUUGGGCCACCAGGACCCCCGGGCACUUCAGGACCCAAAGGACCCCCAGGACCUAUUGGAGUUCCUGGAUCACAAGGUGUACCGGGCUCUCCAGGACAGCCUGGACCUAAAGGUUCCAAAGGAGAUCGAGGAGAAAGAGGGCAAGCAAGUGUGUCUGGAGAGAGGGGCAAUAAGGGACUGCCUGGUGAACCAGGCAAGAAGGGUGAAGAAGGAGAUAAAGGGGCUGAUGGAGAAGGAGUUCAACAACUUCGAGAAGCCCUGAAGAUUUUAGCUGAGCGAGUGUUAAUUCUAGAGCAUAUGAUAGGAAUUCAUGAUUCUUUAUCAUCCAUGGAACCGGGCUCAGGGCAGGAAGUGAUCCUAGGCUCCUCUCUACGAACGAGCAUCAAGAUCAAACGUGGUGGUCCUGAGCAGCGGCACCAGUCCUAUCAGAUCCUCGCUUCGCUGCUGGAGGACUCCAAAGCCGAAAGGAAAAGCAAUGGAAUGAAAUAGGAAUAUUUGUGCAUUCUAAAGUCCAUUUACUGAUUAAAGAUACAGUAUCCUAGUGCUUAAUCACAGUGUGCAGAAGGAAGUGGGUAGGAGGCUGCAGGGUUUCCUUGCCUGGACACUGCUAAACCAUUACUGCAGGGAAUGUCUUAACUGUAGCUCAAAGAUUCUUAUGAAGAGCAAUUCCUCUUCCACCUCCUCUCCCCUUCAGAGUACACCAAAUGGUAGGUAUUCUUAAAAACUAUGCCUGGAAAUGGAUACCCUCCCCCCAGCCCUCUUCAAAGGGCUUGAUCCUCCCCCUCACAAAUUACUUGUUUAAAAGACAGCAUAGCAGGCUCAGACAUCAUUCAGGUCUACCCUAGCUCAAAGCAAAAACCCGGAGCAACAUUAUACUAUUAUGUUUAAAAAUAACCAGAUGCCAUCAAGUUUUUUGUUUUCACACUAAUUUCUAGUUGAAGAUACCCCUUUCAGAACUCCACUAAAGCCAUGGAAAUGUUUUUUUUAAAGAGUAGGGUGAAAAAUUAAGAACUAAUUAUUUGUUUGACAAAUUUCAUCUCUCUUUGUGGAGUGUUUUUCAACAGAUCAUGAUUUGUCUCAGCUGUACUGGCUCUUCAAAAUCUUUUGAAAAUUUCAUUUACUCUUGGGCUUUCUGAUUUGAAAUUUAAAAUCAGGGAGUUGAGCUGUGUUAACUGAUUGUGUGAAUGGUGUCAUAUAGACCUUCUGGUGUUCCUUCUGUUCCCUGAUUGUAUGAACAGCUUACUAUCAGGUUUCUGGUAUAAAUAAUUACAGAAUGUAAAAUUUGCUCUUCAUGCAUAUUCAAGAUCAACAUUCUUUUUGCAAACAUUCAUAGCAAGCAAGACAAAAUUGUAUGAAAGUUUGCAUAAAGUGAACAUAAAAUAGGUAUGAACAUAGCUAAGAAAAAUUAAUCUCUUAUUAGGAACAAAGAUGCACUGAAAAUGUUCUGCAGUAUUUACGCAGCUUUAGAUCAUAAGCUGGAAUUAUUGAUAAAGUUUUCUUUAUAGUGUGGGUAUUUUUAAAAAUAUCCACAAUCUCCUACUGGUUUGAAUCUGGGGGCGGCAUAUUGGCAAAACACAGUAGAAGGAUUAGACUCUUGCCAGUGGUUUGUCUUGUGAUCUUGCAGCGAAAUGCUCAAUCAUUUUACUUUUUGCGAUAGCUCUUAUUGUUGGGGAAACAGACUUCCACUGUUAAGAGGCUGAACAGAAAUUUCACACCUGGUGUCCAAUCAAAUUGGACAAGGUAAUGUUAGACAAAAAAAAAAGUAAGUAAAAAAGUAAAUUCAUUAAUAGCAGGCUUGAAUAAGCAAAGCAACUGAUAGUAGAUUACAGAAUUUUUCAUUGUUAAGUCACUAGUUCAAAUCCUCUCCAGGGCACUAGUGAACAAAUGUUGUUGUGUCUCUAUUUGGUGGCUUAAGUAAAUUCAUAGUUUG